GAUCGCGGACUUGAGCGGCGGCGGCUUGGGAGAGAGGAACGUGGGCUGCAGGCGCGAUGCUUGGCCAGAGAACGCGUCCGACGGCGGCCGGACGCUGAGCCGGGCUGGGCAGAGCAGUCCGGCCCGGGCAUGGAGCGCGGGGUGGCCAAGCCUCUGGACGUUUGGGGCGCGCCUAGUCCGAGCCCCCGGCGCGCCUGAAGUUGCGAGCGGCGAGCGGCCCGCGGGGACCCGAGAGCGGCCGGCACGCCGCGGAUGAGCCUUCGCGCCGGCUGCGAGACGCGGCGGUGGCCAGGGCCAGAGCAGGCAGCCCGCGGGGGCCCAUCCGGCGGAGAGCAGAGCUCGAGGCGAGGCGCGGCGCCGCUGCACACACGCACACGGAGCCAUGGGGUGCCAUGUUGCCACCAGCUGCCACGUGGCCUGGCUUUUGGUGCUGAUCUCUGGAUGCUGGGGCCAGGUGAACCGGCUGCCCUUCUUCACCAACCACUUCUUUGAUACAUACCUGCUGAUCAGCGAGGACACGCCUGUGGGUUCUUCUGUGACCCAGUUGCUGGCCCGAGACAUGGACAAUGACCCCCUGGUGUUUGGCGUGUCUGGGGAGGAGGCCUCUCGCUUCUUUGCCGUGGAGCCUGACACCGGCGUGGUGUGGCUCCGGCAGCCACUGGACAGAGAGACCAAGUCGGAGUUCACCGUGGAGUUCUCUGUCAGCGACCACCAAGGGGUGAUCACACGGAAGGUGAACAUCCAGGUCGGGGAUGUGAAUGACAACGCACCCACAUUUCACAAUCAGCCCUACAGCGUCCGCAUCCCUGAGAAUACACCAGUGGGGACGCCCAUCUUCAUCGUGAAUGCCACAGAUCCCGACUUGGGGGCAGGGGGCAGCGUCCUCUACUCCUUCCAGCCCCCCUCCCAAUUCUUCGCCAUUGACAGUGCCCGUGGUAUCGUCACAGUGAUCCGGGAGCUGGACUACGAGACCACACAGGCCUACCAGCUCACGGUCAACGCCACGGAUCAAGAUAAGACCAGGCCUCUGUCCACCCUGGCCAACUUGGCCAUCAUCAUCACAGACGUCCAGGACAUGGACCCCAUCUUCAUCAACCUGCCUUACAGCACCAACAUCUACGAGCAUUCUCCUCCGGGCACGACGGUGCGCAUCAUCACCGCCAUAGACCAGGAUAAAGGACGUCCCCGGGGCAUUGGCUACACCAUUGUUUCAGGGAAUACCAACAGCAUCUUUGCCCUGGACUACAUCAGUGGAGCACUGACCUUGAAUGGCCUGCUGGACCGGGAGAACCCCCUGUACAGCCACGGCUUCAUCCUGACUGUGAAGGGCACAGAGCUGAACGAUGACCGCACCCCAUCUGACGCUACAGUCACCACGACCUUCAAUAUCCUGGUUAUUGACAUCAAUGACAACGCCCCAGAGUUCAACAGCUCCGAGUACAGCGUGGCCAUCACUGAGCUGGCACAGGUCGGCUUUGCCCUUCCACUCUUCAUCCAGGUGGUGGACAAGGAUGAGAAUUUGGGCCUGAACAGCAUGUUUGAGGUGUAUCUGGUGGGGAACAACUCCCACCACUUCAUCAUCUCCCCGACCUCCGUCCAAGGGAAGGCGGACAUUCGUAUUCGGGUGGCCAUCCCACUGGACUACGAGACCGUGGACCGCUAUGACUUUGAUCUCUUUGCCAAUGAGAGUGUGCCUGACCAUGUGGGCUAUGCCAAGGUGAAGAUCACUCUCAUCAAUGAAAAUGACAACCGGCCCAUCUUCAGCCAGCCACUGUACAACAUCAGCCUGUACGAGAACGUCACCGUGGGGACCUCUGUGCUGACAGUCUUGGUGAGUCCCCGCUCUCCCACAGGGCUGCUGAGCUCUCCGGGGCCGACUGUGGUAAGGCAUCCAGAGGGAUUUUGUCCAAGGGACCUGGGCAGUCAGGGAAGGAGGCGCCCCCAAAUCCCUGAGCUGUGUUUGUUGGUGUAUUAAAUAAAAUUUCUGGAUGCUU